AUGGCUGAAGCUGAAAAGCAACGAGAUUUAGAUGAGACAUCAAAAGAAUUAGUUGAAAAGGCAAUAGCUGUACCUCAAGAGAAUCGAACAAAAGUAGAUAAUUUAUAUUUUGAUGUUGCUGUUGGAUUCAAAGAAGGACAGCCAUUAGUAUAUAGAUUGAUUUGGAUUUGUUUUGUUGAAAGAAAAUUACGAUUAGUUCGACAUAGAAAGAUUAAAGAAGAGUAUGGAUUAUAUACAAUUAAUUUUGUUUCAAAAUAUGAACUAAACAAAAUCAAAUUAAUUAUUGGAGAAAAUUUUGUUGUUAUUAUUCAACCACAAUCAUUAGAUGAUUUAAAUGCAUUAUUUAAGGUAUUAAGAACAGUUACAUUAAAUCAUAAUAUUCCAAUAACAAAAGAAGAGUAUUUAUUAGAUGUUUGUUUUUAUAUUAAAAUAUUUAAAGAAUAG